CAGAUCUUCUCUGGGGAAGUGUGUUACCCACAGUGAUCCUCGCCAUGGACAGCAAAGGAUCACUCCUGAAAGGUGGGUCACUUCUGCUGCUGCUGCUGCUGCUGGUGUCAAACCUGCUCCUGUGCAAGAGCGUGGCCUCCCUGCCCAUCUGUCCCGGGGGUGCUGUCAACUGCCAGGUGUCCCUUCGAGACCUGUUUGACCGUGCAGUCAUCCUGUCCCACUACAUCCAUAACCUCUCCUCAGAAAUGUUCAACGAAUUUGAUAAACGGUAUGCCCAGGGCAGGGGGUUUAUUACCAAGGCCAUCAACAGCUGCCAUACUUCUUCCCUCUCUACUCCUGAAGACAAGGAGCAAGCCCAACAGAUCCAUCACGAAGACCUUCUGAACCUGAUACUCAGAGUGUUGCGCUCCUGGAACGAUCCUCUGUAUCAUCUAGUCAUGGAAGUGCGUGGUAUGCAAGAAGCCCCGGAUGCUAUCCUAUCCAGAGCCAUAGAGAUUGAGGAACAAAACAAACGACUUCUAGAGGGCAUGGAGAAGAUAGUUGGCCAGGUUCAUCCUGGAAUCAGAGAAAAUGAGGUCUACUCCGUCUGGUCGGGGCUUCCAUCCCUGCAGAUGGCUGAUGAAGACUCUCGCCUUUUUGCUUUUUAUAACCUGCUCCAUUGCCUACGCAGGGAUUCACAUAAGAUUGACAGUUAUCUCAAGCUCCUGAAGUGCCGGAUCAUCUAUGACAGCAACUGCUAAGCCCACAUCCAUUCCAUCUAUUUCUGAGAUGGUUCUUAAUGAUCCAUCCCAUGGCAAGCUUCUUUUAGUUUUAUUGCUUUUUAAUGCAUGCUUGGGUGUAAUGGGUCUCCUCUUAAAAAAUAAAAACUGACUCCUUAGAGACAUUAAAAUCUAAAA